AUGGCUUCCGAGAACACCCCCUCCAAGCCCGGUGGCAUACUCUCGCUCUAUGCAAACCUGCUUGACCCAUCCGCCGAUAGCUCUCCUGGGACCAUUUCUCGCGCCCCGGUCGUCUUCAAGCAAGCUUCCGAAGGCGAAUCCCAGCUAGAUGAAUCAGCUGCCAAGAAACAGCAGCUCAAUACUGCCUCUCUUCGAUUUCAGCCCACAAAAAGACCACAAUUAUCUACGCAGAAACCCAAACCGAAACCAGCACUACCGAAGACAGCCCCUGUCUCCGCGCCGGUGGCAGCACCUAAGACUACUCUUGCUGAUUGGGCCAAUACUGAAGAAGAUGAUGUCAAUGAUUUCUACGCAGGACCGAAAAGGCAGCGUGGUGGGCGCAAAAAGCGCAAGAAGAAUAAGGAAGUGCAUGAGUUUGCUCAGAACUGGGACGAUAUCUACGAUCCGUCGCGACCCAAUAACUACGAAGAAUAUAAACAUAGCGAUGAGCAGAUAGCCGAGGUUCGCGAAUGGAAAGAUCGCCUUUACGCACAUCGCAUGGUGCGAUCUCGGAGUCGAGAUUCAUAUAGUGAUGAGGAUUAUGGAAGGCCGAUGAACCGCCAAUUUGCCCCUCCAGCCAGCCUCGCACCACCGAAUCUCAACAAUAUAUCACCCGGGCGGGCUGUGGAACCACCUCCAGCCUCGCCUGCUGCUAAUCCGGACGCUGCAUCUGGAGAAGAGGCGUUUGCCCAGCGUGCACAGAUGCAAGCGCACCCUGAUGACACGACAAUGGCCGACUAUACACCACCACCGCCUCCUCCAGAUGACCCUACGGGCGACGACGCCUAUCUGCGUCGACUUCAGAUGUCAACUGGAGCUCAGCCUGUAGCAGGGUCUGCGCCGCCACCACAGCCACGGCCUCUAGAGGCGCUGCAACCUGCCUCCGCGACUAUCUCCCGUGCACCCGUUCGCUAUACUCUACCACCCCCACCAGCAGAUAUACCUGCAUCAGAAGCGGAGCUCGAGGAAGUUUUCGCUAAGGAGCAACCUGUGGAAGGCGAGUCUGAAGCUGAAGGGGAGGACCAGCGCUCGCUUCGACCUGGACAGAGGGGUUUCGCCCAGCGUUUACUUGAAAAGUAUGGUUGGACAAAAGGCACUGGCUUGGGUGCAACAGGGUCGGGCAUCGUCAACCCACUGCAGGUUAAGGUCGAAAAACAGAAAAAGCGGCCAGACUCAGAGGGAGGUGGCUUCGCCACCCCUGCUGGUAGGGGCAAGAUCAUAGGUGGUGCGAAGAAGAAAAAUGAGGAUGAAGGCAAAUUUGGGCCAAUGAGCGAAGUCAUUAUCCUGAAGGGCAUGUUAGAGGGCAUGGACGUGGAGGCUGAACUCGAAGGCGAUCAAGACGGGGGCUUGAUGCAAGAGAUCGGAGAUGAAUGUUCAGAAAAGUAUGGCAAUGUCGAACGAGUCUUUAUUGCCCGUGGAGCAGUCCCCCCCGUGCCAGUAUUCGUCAAGUUCACCAACCAGUUAUCUGCUUUAAGAGCCGUUAAUGCUCUUGAGGGUCGAAUAUUCAAUGGGAAUCCAAUCACAGCUCGAUUCUUUGAUACACAAAAGUUUGAGGAGGGGAUAUAUGAAUAA